UGCCAUGGCGACGGGGACGCUACCGUGUGCUGUUAACAGAUACAGGGUGCUUUUAACAUUAUUUCUGAUUAUUUACACAGAUCUACACAGUUGCCAGCAGUUUGUCAUCCCAUUUAAAGAUCCUUCAAACUGUACUGCGGAAGAAUUUUUCGAUAUCUCGAGCCUUUCGUGUGUGAAGUGUGGUCCAAACCAGCGACGGAGCCCAACAGAAUUGAGCUGCAUUUGCAAAACUGGGUACCGAACUGUCAUCGCUGAGAAGACUUCCAUUGCUUGUCAGCAAUGUCCCACUGACAAACCUGCAGUAACUACAAGUGGGCUUGAAUGUAUUCGCUGUCCAGGCAGUCUCAGUGAUGAGGGGACGUGCAAGUGCCCAAAAGGCAAUGUCCUGGUGGAGAGAGAUGUCAAUGGAAACCUUUUGAAUGAGGCCAAGUGUGAAACAUGUAAUGGAAACUCCCCUGCUUUGACUGUACCAAACCAAAGAGGGGACAAGUGUGAGAUAUGUCAGGCUUCAUUCAUUACCACCUCGUGUGAUUGUGACCCUCCUAACAUCUUGGCUGGAGGAUUAUGUUUCCCUCCAGGCAGCCUCUCCACUAAUGUGAAUCCCAGUGUCAACUAUGCUCAGUUGAAAUUCAGUGUCCAGUCUGCCUGGUUCGUCAAAAACCUGUACUCCUCAGCAGCUGCUUGCCUUGUUUUCUCCAACCUGACGGCAUGUCAGGCUCUCGGGAACAUGUGUGUGAUGAACAUGCACUCCUUCAGCAGCAUCUCCAACGAUGCCUGCGGUCUCUUCAACACCAUCUUCAGAUCUCAAGCUGCUUCAAGCUCAAGUCAAGACAUUUCCUACUGGAGAGGUAAUCUGCCAUGGCUUUACUACGGGGACGAACCAGGACUGGCCAGCCGGGUGCUUCAGACUGAUCCUGUUCCCAUCAGGUUCAGCUUCAGAGGAAGAAACAAAAAUACUGACAUUAAGCUGCUUGCUGCUGUCUAUAAUGUCAGAGGAGAGUUUCUCAGAUGGGAACCAGUAGGAGCAGGUAACCUCCAGAUUUGUCCAGAAACAACUACCAAACAGGCUGCAGCCUUCAGCUUUGGAACCGCUUACCAAGAAAGUUGUGAUCUCUCAGUAGCAGAGCUGUUAAAAACCCAUCCUGAGCCACUGUUCUAUGAUGUGUUUAUGAGUCUUGGAGGAGAGAAAGGAAAACUUCUUCCACUGCCUACACUAGUCUAUAACCAGCAGUACAAUGGAAGGUUCAUCAACCAAGAGGACAUGAAGAACUGGUACCUUUCUCGACGCAUGUUUGUUGUUGACACACUGAGUGGCAGAGAGAAAGGUUCUGUGCCCAAAGUCAUCCGUGUUGCUAGCAGCGUCAAAAUAAGAUUCCAGCUCGUUCCACGAACCCGGGAAGGUCAGGUAUAUCCCCCCUUAAUGACUGUGACCUACAGAGAUGUUCCCAUCGAUACUCAAACUGUGACUACAACAUUUGCAGUGGAGUAUGAGAUGGAUCAGAGUGAGGCUCGUGUGAAGACAGAUACUGCUAUAGGUGUGAUGGGUGGUGUGGCUGUCCUUUACUCUCUGCUGAAGACAGUCAGCUGGAAGAGGAGGAUCGCCUCUCCACUCAUAGAUGCAGAGACUAUGAUGAAGUUUAUGUUGUUUUAUGCCGGAGAUCUGGCCAAUGUUUUCUUCGCUGUCACUGUGGGAACUGGACUUUACUGGCUCAUCUUUUACAAGGCCCAACAAUUUGUAUCGGUGCUGCUACCACUUCCUGCUCAGGAGGAGCAGUUUGUGACGUACAUUGGUUGUGCCUUCGCACUCAAGUCUGUCCAGUUUCUACACAAGCUGAUCCUUCAGGUGUCAAUUGACAUUUUUUUUAUUGACUGGGAGAGGCCACGGACCAAAGCUGUCAGAACUGUGCAAGCUGCCGGCGAGCCGAAACGUGACCCCGCUCCAGUCAGCAUCUGGAGGACCUACCUUGUGGCCAAUGAAUGGAACGAGAUCCAGACCAUACGCAAGAUCAGCCCAACUUUUCAGAUAGUGGCUGUGCUCUUCUUUCUUGAAGUUCUUGGUUUCUCUAACCUGGCCCUGAGGGACCCCUGGCCAACUUUACAGCGCUCCUCACAGGCGUACAGCCCUUCAUACAGCCUCAUGCUGCGCUACGGUCUGGCAGCCACACUGUGGCUCAGCAUCGGACUUCUGCAGGUGAUUUUCUUCACUGUGUUUUAUGAACACUUCAUAGAGGACAAAAUCCGUCAGUUUGUAGAUCUCUGCUCCAUCAGUAAUAUUUCUGUGCUGCUGCUAUCUCAUCGUUGUUUUGGCUACUACAUCCACGGGCGCUCAGUACACGGACAUGCAGAUACAAACAUGGAGGAGAUGAACAGCAAUCUGAAUAGAGAAUCUGAGUCCCUGUGUGCUCAGAGAGGCUUACUACCCAACACAGAGAUCCAGACAUUUCAGGUGUCUGUGACCGGUAAUCUGCGGUCACAGUAUGAGAGGAUACGGGAUCAGAUCGGCAGGAGGAACGGGCCGUCGCGGCUGGUGGACGCAGGCUUGGCUAACCAGUUUGAGCAGAGGGCCAGAGGCUACCAGACCAUGAACCACUUUUUGGGAUCCAUUAUAGACCAUGCACAGCCUGAAAUGGACUACAUAGUGAAGGACAAGCUGGUGUUUGAGAGGGUCAUAGGGAUGGAGUUCCUGGAACCCAGCGAAAAAAGCAUCUUUUACAAUGAUGAGGCCCACUCCUUCAGCGAUGUGCUGUUCUAUGGAAAUGAGGCCACGCUGCUGAUCUUUGACACUUUGUUUUUCUGUGUCGUCGACCUCGGAUCUCAGAGCUUCGUACUUGCAGCCGUGCUUACAUGCUUACAGCAAAUGAUGUUUCGCUUGAUCCGUAACACUCUGGGAAGGAAGAACAUUGCCAACAAGACGCUGGUGGAUGAGAGAUUUCUGAUAUAAAGUUCCUGCUGAGUGAUUAGUAGUGUCAGUGUUUAGUGGCAUUCUUUGCAAAGAUGUUUACGGUUCAGCUUGUGCCAGCUCUCUUUUGUAUUUUUCUAUACAGUAUUUUCACUACAGUUUCCUGAUGUAAAUACAAUUUUUGUAAAGAUUUUGAUUUUUUUAUUGGUUAAAAUGUUUUGAUAUGAAGACAUUGAUGUUGUACAAGUUUUGUUUCGAGGUAAUUUUUAAUAAAACAAUUGCUUCCCUG